CGAGCUGUCAUAAAAAUUCUAAAUGAAACUUGCCUGAGGUUAACUCGCCAGCGAGGUAAGUCUGCUUUCUCUUUCAAAUAAUUCCGAUUCUUUGUUGUUUUAUUCAAUAAUUCAGCUCUUUAAAGUUACAUUUUAUAAUCAACAAGAAUAUUAUCAAGUACCCCAGGCCUAAAAAGAUGGUUGCGUUAAUCAUAUCGGAGUUAAAGUCACUGAAAUGUUUUCAGUGUUUUCAGGUGUCACGAGUCGUAUGAAAAACCUGAAACGUUCUGUCGGCUUGAAGGAGUUUCUUUUGCUUCGAAAUUUCAACUUUCUAUCUAUUAGCAGAAGUUUAGGGAAAAACUCUCAUUAAGAGUCGACUUAUUUCAUCAUAACGUUACCAGUUUGAUCGACGACUAUCAUGGAGUCCAGUCGUUCAUGUAUACGUAAGGUUAUAUUUAAAUCGGCUCGUGCAGUUAUUUUUCCUUUGACAGGACUUGCUGUAUAGUAAAAAACAAAGUAGAAUUCCUCGCCUUUGUUUAACACGCAUUCUUCCCUGAAUAGUCCUUGCUGGUUACAUUAGAAGCUAUUAGAUUUUGUUUGGCAGAACUUUGACAAAGCACUGCUCACAAAUAUUCGACUCACCACGGAUCACUGAAUCCAGACAACCUCUUCAAUACUUCAAGCGUCUUCAUUUGGUUUACGCGCAACGAGGAAUAUAAUUUACAUAAAAAACCAACCUUGAAUGUCUAUGUCACCAGAUUCAAAAGAAGAUACAGAAAACAAUAUCUCCCUUUCAAAUGGGAGUAUUAAAACUAGCACGGAAAUUCUAUACGGUCUUGCAGCCGGCUGACUGACACGACUUUAAAAGCUUUUAGUGAUGUACCAUAUGUGUUUCAAGCGAGCUAAAAGUAACCACCUUGAAAAGUCUUUGAGUGAAAAACUAGGAAUGGAAAUGACCCAAACCAUUUCCAGCAUGAUUUCUAAUGCCGCAUAAAACAGCAAAGCAACAUCGCUCGUUUUUGUUUUUUGUCAUUAAUUUUUGAUUCGGCAGCCUAGCAGGAAGGCAGUUUAGAAAAGUUGCAAAAGUCGGACCCAGUCAGGUUUGGUUUCAAGAAGAAACAUUAACGCUCAAGAGUGUUGGACACUUAAUUAAUACCUCUCUGACAUGGUCAAAUGUCAUUUUGACCAAACCGUAUUUCCUCGAAUAAGCGCCAGCUCGUUACGUGUUCCUUUAAACCAACUAGAGAAUGGUCUAGUUGUUCCUGGGAAGUUCACAGCAUUUACCAAGAGCUCGGCAAUCCGACAAAUUUAAAAGAAAAGAUAACGCACCUAGGAACUCUGCAAGCACAUGGAUAUAGAAAUAACUGGAAGUGACUUAAAGAAAAAGAAACUAUUCUCCUUUACUGAUUCCAGUGUAGUCGAAGCCUGAAAAGUUGAAAUAAAGUGGCAAUAAAAGCUGGUUUUAGCUUGAAUCCCUUCCCUCCUAUUUAAGAAAGUGAGGGGGAGGGGAGGGGUGCUUAUUCGGUUGGGGGCGCUUAUUUGACAUUAUGGCGGGGGGAUGGCGCUUAUUAGAGAGAGAGCGCUUAUUCGAGAAAAUACGGUAUAUUUUGACCGCGUUAGCAGAGCGCGAAAGUGCACGGCUUUGUUAGUUUCUCUGUUAAACCCUGGUAUUUCGCGUAGGUGGCCGAAAAAGACUGUCAGUUAGCAGCGUAAUUAGAAUUGUAUACAGUGGUUUGUAUCUAAAGUGUUCACCUUGUAUUUACCUUCUGUUUCCCUUCCAAAAGCGCGAAGAGAAGACUGAAACCGACUUCCGGUGCCCAGUUUGCCCCUGGCAUGUUACUGGUCAAGUUGUCGUUGUCUCGUUCUCGUCCCCAUAGCCACGUGACCCAAAAGAAACGACGGGCUCAGGGGACGAGAAUAGCGACCUUAAGCAACUACGACGCACGACGACAACUUCAAAAAACAAUAGGUUUAAUGGUCAAAACAACAGCUCUGCACGUGCAUCAAGCUUUUUAGUACAUUUCUUUGACGUCCACUGCGCGACUACGACGUGAAACCUCCUAAUUUGACGUUUUAUGGAGGACGUGGACAUACGACGACGAAUUUUCCCUUUUCUUUUUGAACUUGAAUAAAAUCCUUAAGAAUUCAACUCCAGGAAAAGUCGCCUGCAUUUGACAUAUUAAGCGAAUCCAAAUAGACGGGAUGAAGUUUGAAAGAACGCAAAUUCAUUUUUUUAGCGACGUUUUCACUGCCGUCGUCGUCGUCGUUGGUAAAGGUCCCACGGUCGUUGGUGAUCGAGGUUUCUUUGGGCGUGUCCGGUUGUCCAGUUUAUAAAGGUGUCACUGUACCUUACUGAUUAUAACGUAGUUUACACAAAAACAUAACAGACCUUCAGAGACUUCAGAAAAUUCGCGACAUAUUGUCCCUCUUAAUAUUAAAAGCAGCGUUUUUUCUCUUUCGUACUUGCAAAAUUAGCUCUUUUCUUUCUCGAUCUGGUUUGGAAAAGACGAGUUCAGUUCUAUCAGAUUUUACCUCGGUAAAUUUGUAUGAUCAUGAAUGUUCCAGUCGUGGGUUCCUGUAAUGAGUGCAUACGAUAACUUAUACUUUUGCCGUUAUUUUUGUCCACCAGUAUGUGUGAUUGAACACUCCAUUCCAACACGGGAGUCACUCAGUCGUAUAUCAAUACAACAAAAAGAAGCUGGGUGGAAUGGCUAGGAGUGAUUUUUGUACUAAAAGUACCAGCAGUGUACAUUUACGAGACCUGGAUAAGCUAGUUUCUUCAUUCAACGAGGAGCGAAGAGCUGUUGAUAUGAAAAAUCGUAAACUUGUCUCGGGAGAUUGCCAGAAGAGGGAUCGAGUCGAAUAUAUGUCAGUUGGGACACUAUCGUCCACAAAUGAACAAGAAGCUGCAUCCUUUGAAGAACGUUUCGAUGGCACAGUUAUUGAAGGAGCAAUAAAAAAUGAAGUUGCCUUCGACUUGACAUUGGGAUCAGAAUCAGACCCUGCGAUUGAUAUCCAAUAUUCAAAAAACUCUUUAAACCUGAUAAGUGAGCUUUGUGACAGGCUUAUAACAGCCUCUCUCCCAAACAACAGCAAACACUGUGUCAGUCAGCCAUCACGGAAUGAAACAUGGGCCACACCCAUUGCCAAUGCGACUCGAAAAUUAGAACCAGCUUAUGACCAAACUAUGCUUUCACCGGAGGGAGAUGGACCAGCUAAAUGCUCCUCUUGUUCCCGAGGCUCUGCAACUCAAAACGCAGCCACCAUGCAGGUUUCUCCACUGAUGAUUAGAACGAAUGUUGCUAUGAAUAAAUCGAAUGAUGGCAUUACGGCGCCUCUCGGCAUGGAGCUUUCUAAGACUGAGGCAGACAAAGAAGCGGAAAACAAUUCCACCAAGGAAAUUGGUGAUUACGCAGAUCAAAUGCCUUUAGAUUCGUGUCCUCAGCCGAUUGCAGCAAUUUCUCGCAUGCAGGAAAUGCUAGAAAGGAUAUCACCACCACUUGGGAGAGGAGCAAUUACAAAUCAGAGGACUGCUGAAGAUCGCGAUAGUGUUUCAUCUGAUGAUUCGUUGCAAAGCACCUCAGCCUGCGAAAUAGGUAUAAUGUAAUGCAUCUCCAGUAAGGUUGAUCAUAGUUUUUACCCUACCUUAAAUCAAACAGGCGUCUUGAUUAUUUAAUGUUAGACUUUAUAACCGUGGCCGACUGUAUAGCAUGCUUUAGGGUCAUGUUUUAUGUCUUGGAGGUUAUUCUAGGGACCUAGGAUUUGAUAGAAAUACAGUGCGGGAUUCAGGAAACGCAAAAUGUGUUGACUUGGUUGACUGCUAUUCUGGAAGCGGGAUUCGCCAAAAGCUUGGCACUUAACGCGGGAAAUAAAACGGUAUUCGGGAAGAAGUUCAAGAUGCGGGAUUUUCGUGAAAAACGAGCGGGAGUGCGAGAUCAGGACCCCCCACUUGCCCCCCCGCCUUCCUGACGACAAGAAUCGUCUUGCAGACGGAUAAAACAUGUUGGUUCAGUGUUGGAUUUCGAUGGAUUAGACGCCCGCGAAAACGUUCUUAGGCCUUCUCACCCCUUCCUUCCUCUUGAACCUAGUGUUCAUGGAUCCCGGUUUGACCAACAUCAGGAGCCACUUGUAAUCGGGCUACAUAUUUCAUACUAUUCGAAAACGAUGCGUACGGACGGGAACUUUUCUUUUCUGUUUUCAUUUUUUUUUUUUCGGAAAACGGAGAAAAUGUUCAAAUCAAAGACAGACACACGGGACCCUUCUUAGUCCCUCCCCCACCCCUGCUGGUCAGAAUAUAAAGAACUCCCAGCAUUCUUCGCGCCCGUAGUAACACGACGCCAUUUUGAUUCACAAAGGACAUUUGACCAUUGUUCAAGCUUUAAAGAUAAAGAAUUCGAUUUUCCUAAAUGGAGAGCAAAGCACAACAACCUGUGCAAGGUAGAGAUUCAAAUGAGAAUGAUAUUACUCUCUUCUGAUUCUUUUACUGAUCAAAAAAUUUUGAAUUUCAGCGGUCGGUUCUUCUUCUGCCACCCCAGCUUCUGUUCAAUCUUCUGUUGCACCGAGCCAAAAUUCCCCUGGAAAAUACUCUGAACUUUUAGCCGUGAUUGAGGAGUUAGGCAAAGAUAUUCGUCCCACGUAUGCUGGUAGUAAAAAUGCCGCGGAGCGGUUAAAGAAAGGUGAGAAACGGUAGAUCGACGUCACCUGCAGGCGAUUUGCACAAAACAUUCUUUUAUAAGUAUUUCUUGGGAAAUAUGCACGAUAGUAGUAAUAAUGUUUAUGCGCUUGAUAAAAUACAUAUCAAAAGUUACAAAAUUCAUAUUAUAUCAUAUUAUAAGAAUAAUAUAAAAAAAGAUGCACAAUUGCAUUAAAUAAUAUCUGAUAAUAUCUAACCUCCCCCGGUUUAGUGCAUCCGUCAAUUCCAGCUGCGCCCUGGAAUUGACUGAUGCAUAAUUUUCUCAAAUCUCCCAGCAAUAGACCAAUAUUUUAUGGAAGUCUUCAGGGAUUGCAAUAUUAUAUGUAAUCUUUAGGGGUAAGCAGAAAAAGUAAGUCUUCAAGGGAAAGGAGGGAAGGGUACAGAUAUCAUAAGCAAUAUAGUCCAGUCCUUUGUUUCAAAGCAUUUACAUGUAUUUUUGUCUUUCAGGCAUUAUGCAUGCACGGGUACUGGUGAGGGAAUGCCUUGUAGAAACUGAUAGAUGUGCAAGACAAUAGGACUGACAAUAUCUCUCAUUAAAAAAAAAAGGUUACGGCAUAACAGCUGCUAAAACUGCAAUAAGUCAUCAGAAAUAGCGUGUUUUGCCUCCAACAUUUAAAGUUUGUCAAUCAUCAUCUAGAAAAGCAAACCACCAAAGGUUCAAGUCGUUGAUAUGUUUUAGAUCAGCGCGGUCCACUAAUGUUUUAGGAAUGACUUUCAUUUUUCCGGAACAGACGUCAUUUAUUGAAGUCAAAAUUCCUCAAACUUUUCUGAGGGCAGCUUCUUUCGAAGUAGCAAAUGUUAAUUUACACGCUGUAAGCGCAAAAGCUCACACGCGAAAUACAAAACUGUAAGUGGCUGCUUCUUUUGUUCGCACCAAUAUGCAAGCUAUUUUUCCCCUUUCAGGAAUAUUUAUCACUCAGAAAGAGCACAGUUACUUUUAGGAAUUAUUCUUUGGAGCUCUACAACCCCAGAAAUUCUUCUUAACACCUAGAAGUUCUCGCGAGGAAUAUCCUUAUCGAGGGAAAACAAAAUAAGUCAGAUGCCAUUUGCAUUAAUUUGAUUUUUACAGUCAGCAUUUCCAUCUACAGGAUUUCGUUGUCUAAUGUGUGACUUUUAAAUUGCUUCUUUGCUGGAUCAAAUAGUAUAAGAAAGCAGGGUUGUCACUAAGAUUUCAAGUUGCCGGGUAAACACAACAAGUAGGCGGGGAAUCAAACGGCUAGGGAUUUCUUUUGUUUGGUUCUAUUUUUCUUCUAUUUUCCAAUAAAAGUAGCCGGGUGCUACUCUCUUAGUAGCCGGGGAAAAUCCCCGGCCCCCGGCUCUUAAUGACAACCCUGAGAAAGGAUUAAUAAAAUUAUACUAUCCUGAUUGGAAGACACUGCCAAUAUGGUUUAAAUUAGUUCAAAGAGUAUAGAAGAAGGCUUAAAGCAUCCAUCACCAGCAGAAAAGGGGAAAAAAAUUUUAAACCAAUGUUAUUUACAGUCAAACCAAGUCAAGCGUACCCCCCAAGAUUCUAUCAGUGAAUUGAUUAUUUGAAAAAUGAAUCCGUUAGUCUUUCCCGUAACUGGUGUCAAAUUCAAAGCGACAUUUCUGCAUGCGUAAUGAGCAGUGAAUAUUUUACGAGAACUUCUCUGUAUUUGGUCAGAUUGGAAAUCUUUGAAUGGAUUAAGCUUGUUAGAAGACAUUUACAUCAAUUUCAGGAAAAUGGGGCUGGUAGAAAUUUCAUAACUGCCUCGCGUGUGAAUGCACGGCUCAUUACACAUACAAGAAUGCAGAGAUCAAUCUGAAAUCUACAACUAGCAACGGAUUCAACUUUUGAAUAAUAAAUUCAUUAAUGGGUUCU